AUCAAAAUGGUCAAGUCAUAUGAUCGUUACGAACAGGAAAAAUGCUUUGGUGUAAUUGCCUCGCUGUCCAACAUAGUGUGGCUUCCACCAAGCAAGACUCAAAAUUCAAAAUCCGCCGGAAGAGCCAUCUCUUCAGGUUUGGAGGAAAUGCUCAUUUGGGAUAUCAAGACUGGAGAGAUAGUUUCCAGAAUAAGAGAUGGGUUAACUCCAGGAGCCUCGAAUGCAUCCACGUCCCAAGCUCCAUCUCCAAUCACAUAUUUAGCACACCAUGAGCAAUCCAACCUUGUUGCUGCAGGCCAUGCGGAUGGAUCCAUCAAAGUCUGGGACAUAACAUCAAGUUCCGUGCUUAUCAACUUCCAAGGUCACAAAUCAGCCAUCAGUAUACUUAAAUUUGAUAGAAGUGGUACCAGAUUGGUGUCUGGUUCUGCUGAUUCCAGUAUUAUCAUGUGGGAUUUGGUGGGUGAAGAAGGUUUGUUCAAACUCAAGGGACAUAAGGGACAAAUUACAGGUUUGACUUUCCUUUCUGAACACGAAACCUCUGAGAUCACUGAUGACUUGGAGGACUACAUUUUGAGUGUAUCCAAGGACGGGCUUAUCAAGUUAUGGGAAUUAAAGAGUCAACAAUGUGUGGAAACCCAUUUGGCCCACUCUAAUGACUGCUGGGGUAUGGGGAUAAAUAGCUCCAAGGACUUGGUGAUUACCAAUGGUAAUAGAGACCAGGUUAAAGUUUGGCUGGUGGAUCUCAGCCAACCUGAUCAACAAAAGAUUCAGGAGAGAGGCCAAUUCGAGAAGCAAUCGAAGUCCAGGUGCAAUGAGAUUGAAUUCAGAAAUUUGAAGACUUCAUCGGGAACAGUCCAACUAUUCUACUUACAAAAUGCUGAUAGAACUAUUGAGAUCUUCAGGGUCAGAAGUGAAGAAGAAAUAAAAAAGGGUAUUGCAAAGAGAACGAAAAGAUUGAAAGAGAAGGGGUAUGAGGAUGAUGAGAUCUUACAAUCCUUGACCGACUCGGAAAUCAGCAUGAUGAUUACCCCAUUCACCACGUUAAGAACUGCCUCCAAAAUCAAAUCUUGUACCUGGGUUCAAUCAUCUUCAAAGAAAUUAGACUUAUUGGUUUCUUUGAUUAAUAACAGUAUUGAAUAUCAUAACAUUACUGUUCCUGAACUGAUCAAAAAAGCACAACCAAAUGAAAUUACUUCUGUCAAGCAACAUUCAAUUGACUUAUUGGGUCACAGAACUGAUAUCAGAGCUAUGGAUCUUUCCUCUGACAACAAGUUAUUGGCGACUGCAUCUAAUGGCGAGUUAAAAAUCUGGAAUAUCAAGACCACAAAUGUCAUCAGAACUUUCACCUUAGAAGGUGGCUACGCAUUAUGUUGUAAGUUUUUGCCAGGUGGAACAUUGGUGGUAGUUGGGUUCAAGAAUGGUGAUUUAGAAUUGUAUGAUUUGGCCACCUCUUCUUUGGUUGAUAGGGUGGAAAAGGCUCACGAUUCUGGAUCAUCUAAGGACGAAGAUAGCGGAUCAGCAAUUUGGUCAUUGGAUUUGACUCCUGAUGGAAAGACUUUAGUCACUGGUGGUAACGAUAAGUCUGUCAAGUUCUGGAAUUUCAAGGUUGAACAAGAAUUGAUCCCUGGAUCACGUACCACUGUGUCAAGGUUGACGUUUGUCCAUAACCAAACAUUGGAAUUAAAUGAAGAUGUCUUAUGCGUUAAGAUUUCACCAGAUGCUAAAUAUUUGGCGGUAUCUUUAUUAAACAACAAUGUUCAAGUUGUUUUCUUUGAUUCAUUAAAAUUAUUCCUUACCUUAUAUGGACACAAGUUACCGGUUUUGUCUAUCGAUAUCUCGGAUGACAGCAAGUUGAUAAUCACCUCUUCUGCGGAUAAGAACGUUAAGAUCUGGGGGUUAGAUUUUGGUGAUUGCCACAAGUCAAUCUUUGCUCAUCAAGACUCCAUCAUGAAUGUCAGAUUUAUCCCCGAAAGUCAUAACUUUUUCUCGUCUGGUAAGGAUGGUUUGAUCAAAUACUGGGAUGGUGACAAGUUCGAGUGCGUUCAAAAGUUACCAGCACAUCAAUCGGAAGUCUGGUGCUUGUGUGUUAGCACUGAUGGGUCAUUUAUGGUAUCUACAUCGCAUGAUCAUUCCAUCAGAAUUUGGGGAGCCAGUGAUGACCAAGUAUUCCUUGAAGAAGAGAGAGAAAAGGAAAUGGAUCAGCUUUACGAAGAGACCUUACUUGAAUCGUUGGAGGAUGAUCCCCGUGCCCAAACUGUGGAUGAUCAAAACGAGGAUGAAGAUAACGACGAGGCCACCAAGGUCUCCAAGCAAACCGUCGAGUCGUUGAAGGCGGGAGAAAAGUUGAUGGAAGCCAUGGACAUAGGGAUUGAAGAUGUCGAGGCCAACGAGGUGUACGAAGACCAUUUGAAGAGCUACCAAGAAAAGAAAUCAAGCGAUGCCCCCAUCAAGCCUACACCCAAUGCCAUUUUGAUGGCGUUCAAGAUGUCAGGCCAGGAGUACGUGUUGAGCGUGGUUACUAAGAUUAGGGCUGCCCAGUUGGACGAUGCGUUGUUAGUGUUGCCAUUUUCGUACUCGCUCAAGUUGUUGAGAUUCAUCGAGAUCUGGACCAACAGUGACAACGUCACUGCCAACGUGGUGUACAUGUCGUUGAUCUGUAAGAUCUUGUUCUUUGUUGUGCGUUCCAAUGCCCGGGAGUUGGUGAGUCAGAAGGACCCCAAGAUCAAGAACCAGUUGUUGAAGGUGAAGGAGCAGUUGAGGGGGUCGUUGACCAAGACUGCGGACCAGUUGGGAGUGAACACCCAGGGACUCAAGUUUGUCAAGCAACAAUGGAAGCUUACCCAUGAAACCGAGUUCAUUGACGAGGCUGAACAGAGGGAGUACGAGGAAAAGAGGGCAAUAAAGAGAACCUACACCACUGUAUAGACCAGGGAUAGCAAAUUGCGGAGAGAACUGUCUUUUCCAUGAUUUCGACAGUUUCAAGUCUUGCGAAAGGCGGUUUUCAAUACCAUGGCAGUAUCGGGAGAGCCAACACAAUAUAUUACGAAGAGUGGAUUUUAAAUACAAUAGCAUCAUCAUUUCAAGCAAUGUAGGCAAGUAAACGCAAAGCCUGCAGCUAUUUUGGCUAUAUACAAUACAAUUAUGUAUGUAGACUAACCAAUAUUGCUAUAUACGAUUC